GUCGCUGACCGGGAAUUCCCUAUCAAUGUUUAUGUUUAGUCGAAGUGGGAGGAGAUUUCUCUCGUGAUCUGUUUUCAAUUCAGGAAACAAGCAAGCAUCUUAUCAUAUGGAACCUUCGUGCAUGAGCUGGAACAUGGUUGCCGUUUAAGUUGAAUCAACAUUUGCUUUUUGAGGAGAAAGGCCACAAAGUAAACAUCAUCAUGGCACUUGGUAGAGCACCAAAGAUUAUUUCAGAGAUGAAAGAAUAUAUCCAAGACCUGAAGAGGAAUUAUGAGGAGACUCAGCUGCCUGUUACAGAUGACAGUGUUCCUCUUCACAAGCUCUGUGCAAAGCUGGAGUACAUGCUGCAGAUUGACAUGAAGCCGUCUGCAAGGUCCGGAAUGUUUGCCAGCAAGAGAGACUACUGGGAUUAUAUCUAUCAGUGUCUCUACAAGGUCAAAGGUCUUGAUGAUGGGAUUAGAUUUGUCAGAGCUAAGAAUGAGGUGAAAACAUCCCUAGGACGUGGCAGAGCAUUUAUCCGUUACAGCUUGGCCCAUCAUCGGCUUGGAGAUAGUCUGCAGCAGUGUUUUAAUAAUCAGAAAGUUACACGCACAUGGUACAAUCCUAAUUCACUAGUGCUCAACCCUAGCCUCUAUGGUCCCUUGGUUAAUGACCUAUAUGACCUCAAUGACCUACAAUUUGACCUAGCUCCAUCAGGUCAUGACCUGGAUGCAUCAUGGCCAACACACUCGCGUCAUGUGAUGGGUCCUUCAGCAGGGAUGUACAGCUCAUGGCAGCCACCUAGUCGGACAGAGAGUCUUAGCAGCUUAAGCUCACAGCCGAGUACACUAGAUGGCUACCCCAGUCCCACAGCAGAGUCCCGUCCAACCAUAGGAGAGGAGAGGGCAUUACAUCAAGCACAGUCAGAGUUAGAAGAAUGUGAGCAGGUCAAUCGUGAAUUACGCAAACGCAUCGUUCAGCUAGAGAGUGAGAACGAUGAUAUGCAUCGUCUCGCCAUGGAAACGGAGGAACGAAUGAGUAGCAUGCAGUCAGAAUUGGAAAGAAAGGUGCAACAGCUGCAGUAUGAGCUAGAGAAGUCUUCCAAAGAAUCCUUAGAUAUCACUGAGAAGAUGAACAGGUCAGAGGAGAACUGGAAGAAAAAGAUAGAAGAUACAGAGAAGGUGAACAGCGAUUUGUGUAGCAGACUAGAAGCCACAAACCUUCAGCAUGGCAGCCAAGCCAAGCUUUGGCAGGAAGCAGAGCGUGAUCACCAAUCUAAGCUGAUCGAGGCAGAGAGGGUUCUGGCUGAGGUCAAGGUUGAACUCACUGGGGUCAAAGGUGAGCUUGCAGCUAUCAAAGGAAUGGAGAUGAAGAAAGAUAAGACCGUUCAGAGCCUGGAGGAGAAAGUCAGUGCCAUGGAGAUUAAGAAUGUAGAACUGUUUGAGAAGAUGGAAGGGAUGGUGGAGAGCAAAGAUGCAGAGGUGUCAAACCAUCUACAGUCUGCAAACAAAGUGCAUGAACUCCUGGAUAAGCUGUCUGAAGCUGAGAGCAAGAACCAAGAGCUGCGUGGAGAGAAGGGUGCCUUGAGACGCCAGAUUGACCUCCUGGAAGACAAUCGCAGCUCACAAGAAACAGAUAUUGUGGCCAAAGUGGCAGAACUUGAACUGGUCGUCUCAAAGAAGGAAACUGAGGAAGUCAUGGGUGAGAAUAUUGCAGCUCAAGAAGUAAAACAUGAAAACUUGGUUCAGGAACUUCAGGCAACCAUUAGUGCUCUUACAGAUGAAAAGUUAACAUUAAAAAGUGAUUUGAAAGAGCAACUGCAGAAGAGAGAUGAUUCAAGUAAAUCUUUAGAAUCAACGCAAAGUGAGCUUCUCCAGUCAAAGACAGCCAUAGUCAGCAUGCAGCAAAAGUUGGUUGAACUUCAGAAAGACACUGAAAGGUUAAGAAAGGAACUACAUGCUGCUGGUGUUCAGAAUGAAGCAUUGAAGGCACGCAUAAAACAUACCGAGGGGGUUUGUCAAGAAAGGCAGAAAGAGAUCGAUGAUUUGGAUAAGGAAAUGAAGGAACAAAUAUCCAAAUACACAGAGGUUAAUGGGCUCCUUAAGAAAGAGAGAGAAAGGACUUCCAGUCUUGAAACACAAUUUAAGGACAGCCAAGACAAAGUAAGUGAAGUAGAAAUGGAGAAAAAGAAUAUAAUGCAACAAUUGGAAAAUGUACAGAAUAUUCUGUCAUUUGGGGAAGAAUCCAGUAUUACAAGAGAGUCUUUACAGGGGAGCAGUGAUGAACCUGAUAGCUCUGAUCCCAAGGGAACUUUGAUUAGUCAGCAUUUAACAAGGAUGGUUUCACAGAAGAAUGAUGCAUUGCAAUCAGUCAAAGAAUUGCAGUUAGAGAACCAAAGGCUAUCAAAAGAAGUGAAGACAUUGACUGAAAAAAAUAUGCAUGAUUCAGAGGAUGCUAGUCAUACAGCAGAUCAAGUUCUUAAAACUGAGAAAGAGUUGGGUGCCCUGCAACAAAAACUAGACAACAUGGGAAAGAUGCUAGAGAGCAAGGAGAAAGGUCUACAAACCCAGAGCAUUGAGAGGCAGAGGAUCGAAGGCCAACUCCAAGAAGCAAUGAAUGAGAAGGAACAGUUGGAGACAGACAUAGUGAGGUUACGUCUAGCGAUUGACAGCAAGGACAAAGAGCGAGAUCUCCUGAUUGUAGAAAAGACAAAACUGGAGUUGGCUAGAGAUGGAUUGGAGAAGGAUCUAUUGGUUAGUAGACAAGAAAAAAAUGAAAAGGAGAAGAAAUUGAGAGAACAGGGAGAGGUGAUAUCACAGUUGAUGGCCGAUAUUGAACAUUUGAAAACACAGAAGCAGGAGGCGGAGGAAGGGAGGGAUGGAAUCCAGAAGCAACUAAACAGGGAGAGACUUACCACAAGGGAGCUUGAAGACACAGUGGAAGAUCUCAAGAGACUUCAAGAGGAAACUGUUACAUUAGAACAGGUUUAUGAGGAGCGAAAGACAAAGAUGACGCAGGAGCAUGGAGACAAAGUAGAGUUCUUGACUGAACAGUUUCAGCUCUUAAAAGAGGAGCAAGAAAAGACGAGUGGAGAAAGACUUCACUACCAGGAGCAAGCAGAAGAUCUGAGCAAGGAGUUGGAUGACGUCAAAGAGAGAUGUGAAAUCUUGGAGACUGAGAAUAAGGCUGUGAGAGACAAAAAUAAUGACCUGAACUUGGAGAUCUUGCGCAUGCAGGAGGAGGUGGAGCUGUCUAAGACCGAACGUAAUGAGAUCACAGAGAAGCUGGAGCAGGUCAGUACGGAAACCUCCAGGAGCCUACAGGAGACCAAGCUAGAGAUGGAACAGCUCCAGGGCAAGGUGGAGGAGGAGCAAGAAAGAUCCAGGAUCAUUCAGAAGCUAGAAGGAGCCCUUGAGAAGGAGAAGGAGAAUGUACAGGUUGCGGAGGCGAAGGCACAGGGAGCCGAGGAGGAGACACAGAGGGUACAGAGUACGAUGAAGGAGGAGAUUUCGGGACUCAAGUUUCAGCUGAGCUCUGAAGCUAUGCAGUAUCAACAAACCCUACAGGGAUACCAAGAGCAAGAGAGUGAUCUUGAGAACUUGAAGGUACAGAGUGAGGAGCAGCAUGAAACAAUCCUGGCACUCAGCAAUGAGAUAGAGACUGUUAAGAAACAGAGCAAUCAAGAUAAAAUCAACUUUCAGAAGAAGCUCUCAGAACAGGAAAAUGAAGUUGCAAGGCAAGAGAAGCAGAUCACCAUACAUGAAGCCAGUGUUGAAGAGUUGUCAAGAUGCCUUGAAGAAGAAAAGAGAAAAAGUGUUUCCGUACAGUCAGAGGUGUUGGAACUGCGGAAUGCGAAUGGUAGCCGAGUCGCCAGUUUAGAGGAAGAGCUUGCAUUGGCUCAAGAUGACAAUGAACAAUUAAAGAAACAGCUUGUCAAACUCAUCAAGGAAAAGGACACUCUAUGGCAGAGGACUGAGAAGCUGGAGUAUAAUAGGAAGAUGAAAGCAUCUGAGAGAUGGAUGGAUGAUAGACAGGUUACUCAGUGCAUGUCGUGUUUAUGUGAGUUCGGUCUGACUGUAAGGAAACAUCAUUGCCGUCUCUGUGGAAGAAUCUUUUGUGCAAAAUGUACAAGCUUCUUUGUGCUUACCUCCCAUAGCAAGAAGAAAAGCCGUGUCUGUGAGCAGUGUUACGUAGGUCAUCAGCACUCCCUUGAGGCUGCUAGCAUCAACACCUCCAUCAUCUCCACUAACUCCUACGAAGAUAAUCUGGAUGAUGGUCCUCCCAAUCAGAGGACGGAGGACGUACCUGGUGGGUCCAGCUAUGUCGCUAGUGAUGAGGGCAUGUCUGAUGUGAUGUCAGAGAGUGUCAACAGCGAGCCGGUCAGGAUGGAGGAUGUCGAUGAAUCGCUGAGGAUUGUGGGAAUGAAUGCGAUAGCCCAGGGUGACGAUAAGCACAUGUUGAGCAGAGAAGACAUGGUACCUUCCCCAAACCUGACCUCUGAGAACACUGCAUCAGAACCUGACUUUGAUAUCAUUGGUGAGGAUGAGGUGUCUGCAGCUAGACAAGAUGAGAAGGAAAAUGAGGAGAAUGAGCAGGAAAUACAGCCUGAGGAAAGCAGCAGUUCUCCCCAAGAUGGCACGGACGGCCAGUUGCUCACAGCAGAAGAGCUGGAGGGAGAAGGGAUCACAGGAGAAGAAGUGACCGUUGCUGCCUACCAGAAAUAUAAUCUUCCUGUAGCCAUCAAUGAUGUGGGUCUCAUGCUGUGCUGGGAGUUUGUGUCUUCUCCAAAGAGUAUUGGUUUUUCAGUAAUAUUUCAAGACUCCUCUGACUCUACCUCACCUCAUGAAGAGUUGAUACCUCUAUGUAAAUGUAACUCACAUCAACAUGCUGUCCAGGGAGAACUCUUAGCUAGGAAACCUGGUGUAUAUACCCUCAUCUUUGAUAACAAAUUCUCAAGGUUUACGAGCAAAAUAGUCAAGUACAGUCUGCAUAUCAAAAGACCUGAAGCGGCUUAUUGAUUAUUUUCGAUGAAUUGUGAGGCAAAGUGCAAAUAUGAUUUUCAUUCCAAUUUGCCAAUAGAAAUCCAUAACAAGUCAUUAUUUGAUCAAGACCCGAGUGUUAAUUUCAGUUAUGUUACUAUUUCCUCAUCAUAUCAAGAAAGAAAUCAUUUACCAGUUACCUUUAUUAUUGUUUACAUUGUGGUUGAAUCUAAAUAUUGUAUUUGUGAUUGUCUUUUCUUUCUAAUGAGCAUCAUUUGUUUAAGCAUUUCCUGUUUUUCUGAACUUAGAUUCAAUGGAAUCAACUGAAAUGAGCUAUUUAGAUCAAUUCUGAAGGCAAUAUUUUCAUUUUCAUUGGCCAUGUAUUUGAAAUUCAUUCCAGCUGUAUCACUAAAAUAUGAAGACUUUUGUUUCAUGGUGGUGUGAUAAUGUAAGACAAAUAUUGGUAUAUAUCCAUAUACCGUAAUGAUCUUCUUCAUAUUCUUUUUCUGAAUUUUUUAUUUUUAUUUUUUAAGUAUGACAUGUUACUUAUGUUGUUUCUCUCAAAGUCAUGGGUCAUGAGAUGAAAGAUAUUUUGCUGUGUUCAAUAAUUUUUUUUUACCCAAAUUGCAAAUUAUUCCUACAGAUAAAAUGCUUGUAUUUUUUUUCAGUAUGAGAACGAGUAGUACUAGACAGAGAGCAGUUUAAAAUCUAUUGUUAUUGUACAUGUGCAAUAUACUUAAAACACAAAAGUUUUGUUAAUUUUGACUACCUAACCUGUACAUGUAAUUGUAAUAGAUUCUAUUUUCUACACUAUCCUGCCUUGAUAAUGUAAUCUGUUAAAAUGUAUUUUCAAAUGCUUACAAAGUUUUUGAAGAUGUCCUUGCCAAGGUGAAAAAUGGAUGAAAAUUCAAUGACAUAAAGUAUGGUAUAAAAUCAGCACACAGUUUGCCUGAAAGAGUAAAAUUGUCUCUCCUUUGCAUCGAGUCUGAUUCGAUGAACCUUAAUGUUUGUCAGGUUUAUGAUGAAUUUAGUUUGUUUUUUGUCUAUCUAUACCUGUCAGUAUCACGAGGAUUUCAUUCCCAUAAGAUCCCAAUCAGACUCUUGCCAUAGGGGAACACUUAUCUGAAGGCCUGAUUCAUUGAUUCAGCUAGACAUCCACUGUGUACUUUUAAAGAUAUCACCGUCAGGUUUCAAAGAUUUCCCUAACAGUAUCAUUCUUUAGCUAUUCAUGAUCAAACUAAUCUUCUUACAAAGAAGUUAUGCAUCGUGGACUCCACCAUGGAGUCUAUGAUAAACUUUGUUUGACUCUAAUUGUGCGAUGUACCAUUUCAUGUUCCGUUGUUGUUGUUUGGUGUGUGUGUGUGUGUGUGGGGGGGGGGGGGUAUGUGGAAUCAUCUUAUUUGUAUCUUGAUUCAUUUAAAUGAAGCAAUCAUUUUUUUACACUCAUUUACAGUUACAAACAUUUCUCAAACCUAGCCUGAAAAUCUGCUUGGGUUGACAGUUAAUAAGAGUCACUCUAUUCUGUUUAAUUCCUGCAACCAAUACAGAUUGUACAGAAUAUUUACCGUAUGUCUAGUCAACCAAUAUACAGAUGUCAAUAUUUUGGCCCAGAUGGCUCCAGGGCAACGUGAGAGGUAAUAUAAUGCCUGGGAUGUUCCUGAAUGAUGUUUUCAAAAUGAAGGAUGAAAACAAAGCUACUAGAACAUGUGAUUGGUAUGACCUUUCACCUUCCAUUAAAAACAUGAUUUUUAAGACCACAAGAGUAUGAUACUGGGGUUCCUGUGUAUUGCACAAAUGGCCCUUUGCCUCAAUUUUUCUCUUGUCAAUACAUGUAUUUUCAUCUCUAUUAAUUAAAACGUAAUUCCAUACAGACAAUAUUGUUGCUUGCAGCUUUUUUCCUUUUUCCUUAUCAGUGGCAAAAAGGUAUAAUGACAUUUUUGUGCACAUGGGAAUUUUGUCUGUGAUUGAAAUAAGAAAGCAAGCCAUUCACUUACUUUGUUUCUACACUGUAACAACCAUGUUAAUCCCCUGUUUAAUACAUGUACAUUUCCUUUAUGUUUGGUAAUAUCUCUUUUUAUUACACAAGAUUUUGAAUAUUUAGUGGAAAAAACAAACAAAUUGAAGUACCUGUAUGUAUACUGUUAUUACACUUCAUAUAGACACAUAUUUUUGGCUUCGUCUCUCUCUUUCUGUUUCUAUUUCUUUCAUUUUGUAUCUCUAUCUUCUUUUUAUCCCUUGCAGGCUUGCAUACAUUUCAUUCCUCUAUCAUUUUCUUUUUUAUCUCUCUUUCUCAUUUUUGCCUUUUCACUCUGUCCUUUUCUCACAUACAUACAAACAUAAACUCUCUCUUACAUUUUCUUCCGAAUUGAUUUCCCACAUUCCUCCAUUAUUCUUAUAAUCAGCAUUCCAUGCUAUGGUGAUAUUACUUCAUGUGUUUCUUUGAUAUGUGUAUAAUUGUGUGCUAGUUUAUUGAAUGGAAAUCAGAAGUUUUUAAUUUAUUGUACAUUAGAGUUGUAGAACAAUUUGCAAAUUGUUGGUUAUUAAGGAAAAUGCAACUCUGACCUUUCUUCUUGACAUUAGACAUAUUAUCGACAAAAAAUGUAAUAUUCCAUCAAAGAUAAUUAUGUUAUUACAGAAAGCAGAAAUUUAACUAAAAGAUGGAUUAAUGCACAUGAUCUAAAUAGUAUGCAAUGUUUAAGAGCUCUGCACAUCCUCUCCAUAUAUUUGAAUGUACAUUUAAUGUACUUCCAUCUUCCAUUUUAAAAAAAAUCAAUGGAAUGUGUCAAUAAUGUAGGUGUUAACACACCUUUUCUGCAUAAUUGUAAUUUUGUAACACACUGAAAUAUCUCUUUCUCAAUUCUGCAUGAAAAAAAUAAAAUGAUUCAUAUUUACGCA